GCGUGGCGGAUGAUGAUUGGACAAGGUGCCGGAAGUGUGGCGAUCUUAUUUUGGCGUUGAAGUGCUGUAGAUGCUUAUCACGAAACAGCCCGGUUUAUAAACCGCCGGUGUUUUUCAGUCCGCAGCAUAGCAUGGAGGCCGAAAGCCCCUCAGACAUGGCUCCGUCGCAGGUGAGAGACUUCGGCAGAGCGCUCUGUGUCAUAACAGGGGCCUCCAGGGGUUUCGGCUGGAGUCUGGCUCGAGAAAUAGCGGCGCUCCUCAAACCAGGCUCCGUGCUGCUGCUGGUUGCCAGAUCCGGCGAUAAACUCCGGGAACUGCAGGCGGAUUUAGCCUCGUCUGAAGCGGGCAAAGCCGGACUGCUGGUCCGCUGUGUGGUGGCGGACCUGGGGCACAAAGAGGGAGUGGAGAGCGUUAUAAGAGAGGUCAGAGAGACGCCCGGCGAGGAUCUCGACCAUCUGCUGCUUUUCAAUAACGCAGCUUCACUUGGUGACGUGUCUCGUUAUGCACAAAGUUUCACAGACAUGGACGAAGUGGACUCCUACUUGUCAUUCAACGUGAGCUCGGCCUUGUGCUUGACGUCAAGCAUUCUGGGUCAGUUUCCUCAACGUUCCAGUCUGCGGCGCUGUGUAGUGAAUGUGAGCUCACUGUGUGCUGUGAAGCCUUUUCCAUCCUGGGUGCUGUACUGUACGGGUAAAGCUGCACGUGACAUGAUGUUCCGUGUCCUGGCUGAGGAAGAGCCAGAGCUCAGGGUGCUCAACUACGCACCUGGCCCUCUGGACACAGAUAUGCAGCUCCAGGCCCGGUCCAGCUCAGCAGACCCCAACAUGAGGAACUCUUUUGCUGAUAUGCACUCUCAGGGCCGCCUGCUCACCUGUGAGGAGUCUGUUGCCAAGCUGAUAAAGGUCUUGCUGGAGGAUGACUACCCCUCCGGAGCCCACCUAGACUUUUACGAUUUGUAGGUGCAUUACUAAAAGAAAACCUCUGUUGUACUAAUUAGAGAGGCACCGAUGCCGAUAGUAGUACUGGUAUCUCAAGCAACACAAAAAACACUCUUUAUUGGUGGCAGGAGUAUUAGGUUAUCGGUAAUAAUGAUAGCAUUAUGUUGUAUUAAUUUCAUCUUCUAACCUACUUUCAUCUAUAGUCCAGAUAGAGUGGGCAUUUUAUUUAGGCAAGAAUGAAAGAAGUAGAAAAAGAAACACUUAGAGUUUGUACACAAUUAUCCACAGAUUACAACAGGUAGAUACUUGGAAAGAUGGUAUCGGUGCAUCUCUGUCACAAAUCCAAUAGCUGUUACAUUCCAAAUUAUGCUGGUGAUUGACAUAAUGAACCUCAUUUGAGUUAAAUUGAUGCUGACCUUACUUUUGUUACUGCUGUAGUUUUAGUGGGUUGAGCUACUUGGUGCCUUAUUAAUUUAAUAUAACUUUAGUUCUCUACUUGUUUUACUUUAAUUCUUUAUUUUACAAGUUGUUCAGUAUUUCUCCUAAAUUAAUGGAAGCACUUUUUACAGUUUUGGCCUUAUAAAAUAAUUCCAAAAAUAUUUCUGAAGCCACAAAAAAUUUGACAUUAUUUUACCAAAUACAACAGAUGACAAAUUUGAGGAUACAAAUCAGUAUCGAAAUAUAAAUUAUUCAGCAACAGUGACAGGGCUUAAGCUAGCAGACUCAGGUCGCACUCAAGAUACUCUGACUCGAGACAUGACUGAGGAAUAAAAGCACAAACAAAACUACCACCACCAGCCUUAAUGUGGUGAAUGAAUAAAACCAUUUGUUUUCUGCCAAAUUUAUAUGGCUUUCUGUCUGUUUGCUACAGUUGUGCAUAGUCAUGUAGUGGUGCACGACUCCCAGUCUUCUGGAGUCGACUCCUGCCUCAGGAGUUGAUGACCAGAGUUUGUGUAUAAAAUGGCUCGUGAGCAGGGUUGGUAUGGAAUAAAUACAUGGACUAGGAAUAUUUGAAAUCAUUGAUCAAAUCUGGCAAAAACCUAAACGGUCUGUAGCGUUUGGCAGAAAUUGUUUUUUUUUGGAGGUGUUCUGGCUACUGCGCUACUACUUGCAUAGAUCUCCACAGUGAGGAGGGGGGCUUUCCCUUCUUGCACGUUAACCAGCAGGCUGAUUGGCUGUUUUUACUGAAGGACGCAACUUUAUCUAUAUACAGACGCAAUUGAGUUGAGUGUUGUGAGCUUUCCUAUCUAUAUUUCAACCAGUGACCUGUCUCCUCCUUUAUAAUAUUAACUUGUUCUGUGUUAACAGAAACUUUAUUCUCAUGACUAUGCAUAAUUGUUAAAUGAUUCCCAUGACUUUUGAAUUAUUCUCAAAGUGCCGUGCAUACACCAGACACUUUAUUAGGUACACUUACUUUGUAGCUGCACCCAAUAAAUAUGCUGCCAUACACUUAACAGUCAGUUGUAACACAUUUAGGGGUAUAUGUUAUGAUGCCAAACAUUUGAGAACAGGCUAUAUCUGCUGCACUCUGUUAAUUAUGGCAAAAACUAUGGCAAGAAGUUAAUUUUUACUUUUACAUUUUUUAUGGCAUUUUAACAUUCUGUUUAAAAGGAUAUGGAGAAACAAGGUUUUGUCCUGACAGCAGCAACAUCUUGUUUAAAACAUGUAGCCAUAUGAUCUAUGAACAUACCAAGAUUGAAUCAGGUCAGUAUCAGCUGAUAAUCAACAUUAAAUUAGGGGCAAAAAACUGGAUCAGUACAUGCUCACUUCUUUGUUUAUAUCCGGCUUACAUGGAAUUGAAGGGAAAAUUGUCCUUCCUUGAAAUUUCUUUUGCCAACAAUUCCUAACUUCUGAAAGCAAGCAUACAAAUAAUCACCUUACUUUUCAGAAGUGCAUUGUUUACACACUUUUGUUCUUGUGACCUUUUUGUAUUUAGAAUACAAAAUUAUAUAUAAUCUAUGUGUUUAUCUUUAAAUGUCUCAAUACAUAUCUCAGAGACAUAUGACCAACAUGCAACUGUGUCUGCACAGUUCAUUCCUGCCACCUGUAUACCCAACCAUGUGUCCUCUUGUCUUGUUGAAUAGAAGUUGUGUAAAGCAAGUUGAAGUUAAUGUUUUAUAAUCACUAUGGUCUGAAAUUUUUAUUGACAUCUCUAGUCAUUUUCUUUGCUUGUUAUCUGUUUUAAGCAUCAUUAUAAUGUAAUAAUAGGCACCAAUUACUUUUGCUUACAGAAUACUCCAGAAUAAAUAUUUAUUCUUAAAUCAG